ACAGCAGCAUGUGGACCUCAUGCACAGGUUCAACAAGGCCGCGGACCUGGUCAGCGAGGUGCUCAACGGCUACUACGACCAGCUGGACGUGGCCGACGCCAUGAGCCGCAUCUACGUCUGGCUGCGCUACAGCGCCACCCGCCACCUCACCUGGCAGCGCAACUACAACACGCAGCCGCGCAUCCUGUCAGCAGCGCAGGAGCGCCUCACCAACACCAUCGCCAACGCGCACGGCCGCACCACGGGAGAGGCGCAGGAGUGGGUGCGCAUGAUGCUCACAACGGUGGGCCGCGGCGGCGACGGCCAGAAGAUCCGCGACGAGAUCCUGCACAUCAUGCACCGCAACCACAUCCCCGAGCGCAAGGGGCUGUGGAUGGAGGAGUGGCACCAGAAGCUGCACAACAACACCACGCCCGACGACGUGCCCAUCUGUGAGGCCUACCUGGCCUUCCUGGAGGGCAACGGCAACAUCGGCGCCUACUGGCGUGUGCUGUCGGACGCAGGCAUCACGCGGCAGCGGCUGGAGGGCUUUGACCGCGCCAUCACGCUGGAGCCCGAGUACUACCCGGAGAAGCGCGACGCGCUCAUCCGCGACUUCCGCAACUACCUGGGCAUCCUCAAGGCCGUGCACAGCGGCGCCGACCUGUCCGCCAGCGCCAGCGCCGCCGGCAACAGGAUCCCCGGCUCCUGCCGCGGCUACCUGGGCUACGUGCUGAGCCACGUGGGCGACAGCCAGAUCCUGCCGCUGCUGGAGGCGUGCGUGGAGGCGCGCACCGAGCUGGCGCUGAGCGGCACGCUGCCCGGCAGCCGCGAGCUGCUGUACCUGGACCUGGCGCUGGAGGACCAGGCGCGCCAGGCGGCGGAGCGGGGCGUGGGCGCGGCGGGCUUCGGCGCCGCCGCCUUCAUGCGGCCGCUGCUGCAGAACCUGUGCCUCAGCCUGGGCAACAACGAGGAGCUGUGCUACUGCCUCAAGGCCUGGAACGAGCUGCCCCAGUCGGUGCGCACGGGCGGGCGGCCCAACAAGGAGGAGGCGCUGCUGGCGGUGGCGGUGGUCAACCGCGUGCGGAGAGCGCUCGCGGACAUCUCUGACCGCACCGUGAACCGCAUCGGCGACGUGUCGUCCGCCUACGGCCGCGCGUUCGGCGUGGAGCACUGGGCCUACGAGCUGUUUGCGGAGGAGGUCAUCCGCGGCGGGCCGGCCUUCGCGGUGUCGCUGGUCAUCACCGCCAUUGAGCCCAUGCUGCGCAACGCCGCGGCGCUGGGUGCGUGGCAGGUGAUCAGCCCCAUUGCGGCCACGGGCCGCGUGGAGGUGGUGGCGGGACUGCACGAGGUGCAGGACAAGACCUACGACACGCCCACCGUGCUCAUCGCGGAGCAGGUGACUGGCGAGGAGGAGAUCCCGGAGGGCUGCGUGGCCGUCAUCACGCCCGACGCGCCCGACGUGCUGUCGCACGUGUCGGUGCGCGCGCGCAACAUGCGUGUGCUGUUCGCCACCUGCCACGACGACGGGCCGCUCAAGCAGCUGCGCGAGGCCAAGGGCAAGUGGCUGCACUUCACGCCCUCUGCCAGCGGCGCCGUGUCCUGGAAUGAGACCACUGCGGAGGCGGCGGGCGCAGCGGACGACAGCUCGCACUCCACAGUGUCCAAGCCCACGAAGGGCCUGAAGAUUGAGGUGCCCAACUGGUGCGGGCGCUGGGUGGUGGGCAUGGACGAGUACAAGGACGGCGUGGUGGGCGCCAAGUCCAAGAACCUGGCGGGCCUGCGCGGCCGCCUGCCCGACAACAUCAACCUGCCCGCCUCCGUCACGCUGCCCUUCGGCUGCUUCGAGCAGGCGCUGGAGCUGAAGGAGAACCAGGACAUCAAGACCAAGCUGAAGAAGCACGUGGACGAGGUGCACAAGCACUCCAAGCACCACGCCGACCACACCACCUCCAACGGGACGGGGCCGUCGCCGGCGGCGCUGCUGGCCGAGUGCCGCAAGCUGGCCAUGCAGGUGGUGGUGCCCAAGCAGAUCCGCGACGACCUGGCGCAAGCCAUGAAGGGCGCAGGCAUCCCGCCGCCCGAGACCGAGGAGCGCUGGGCGCUGGCGCUGGAGGCCCUGCGCGGCGUGUGGGCGUCCAAGUACAACGACCGCGCCUACUACUCGCUGCGCAAGGCCGGGCUGGACUUUGACAGCGUGCGCAUGGCGGUGCUGGUGCAGCGCGUGGUGCCGGCGCAGUACGCGUUCGUGAUCCACACGCGCAACCCCUCCAACAACGACGAGCGCGAGGUGUUCUGCGAGCUGGUCAAGGGCCUGGGCGAGUCGCUGGUGAGCGGCAUGGUGCCCGGCAGCGCGGUGGCGUUCAAGGCCGCCAAGGACGAGGCGGGGCUGGGGUCGCCCGAGGUGCUGUGCUACGCCAGCAAGAGCGAGGCCAUGUACGUGCGCGACAGCCUCAUCUUCAGGUCCGACUCAAACGGCGAGGACCUGGAGGGAUACGCAGGCGCCGGCCUGUACGAGUCCAUCACCAUGGACCCCAGCCUGCUCAAGAAGGUGGACUACAUGGAGGACCGGCUGGUGCAGGACCCCGCGUACAGGCGCGACCUGCUGUCGCGCAUCUGCCGCCUGGGCGCCUCCAUUGAGGGCGCGCUGGGCACGGCGCAGGACAUUGAGGGCGUGGUGGCGCCCGACGGAGCCAUCACCGUUGUGCAGACGCGCCCGCAGGUGUAGACGUGAAAGGCUGCAUGGCGGGUGCCCAGGGGGUGCGGGGGCCGGGAGCUGGAGCAGCACUGCGUGGGCGUGGACGUGUGUUGUGAGGGCCAACGGCUUUGGCCGUGUUGCCGCCGUGUGGCGGGCCAGGCGUGCGUCUGGUGUUCGUGAUGACGGGUGUGCAGAGAGCUGGCGGCGGGGGGCCUUGGUGCUCAUACAGAUGUGUGUGGACUUUGACGCCAUCCUAGAGGAGCACGUGGGUGGGAGGCACACCUAUUUUAUUGCGCCCGUUAUAUGUGUUUCCGCUCUGAUGUAUGGGUGUGUGAUACGUUUGUGGUCCAGCCCAGCGGGCGUGCUCAUCGCUGCCCGGAGUUUUACGCCCGGAGUGGGACCUUGGCAAGAAGAUUACCGUAAUAAGAGUAACUUCGUCUGGCGAGGGCCAAAGCAUUGACAUCACAGAGCCCGUAACAAUUACGAGUUGCACCUGUGUGACAGAGAUUUGUUCGCCGCCUUACAGCGUGAUGGCCCUAGGAGCGCCGACGGAAUGGCUGUUUGCCGGGGUUGCUUGCAUGGCGAGGCGCUGGCGUGGCCUCAUCAAUACGCAAGUGUCGUCGUGGUGCAGUCAGGUACCGCGUUGUGCAGUGUCGCUCGAAGGUGGUGGAGACGUGCGGUGGGGUGUACAGUGCAGCCGCCCUCGCAGCUCUAUCUGCAUGCGGUGUGGGCGGCUGACGGGACGUUUGGCAGACUCGUUGGGUGCGUCAGUGUGGCGGUCAGUUGGAGGUGUGUGUUAAUACUUAGUAGGGGAGCUUCCAUGCGCAUAGCGGUGCACUGGAAGCGGUCACAGGGGUACGACAACAGUGAGUUAGAGCGGAGGGCGUGUGAGCGUGCAGGGUGGUGUGUUGGUAUGGGACAAUUCUAGCGUGAGGGCGCGUUGUGUGUGUGUGUGUGUGAACUCUGGGGACGUGGGCACAGCAUAUGACUUUGACGACUGUGCAGAUGCAGAACGGACACGCAAACAGUGGCAGUGGCAAGGCGGCAUGAAGGACGCACAUACAGCAGUUCAUGCUCCCAUGUAAAUACCUGAAGAU